UCACUACUCACCUCACGACAUAGCAGCCAACAUGUCUGACUCGCUCCAGUACCGCGGAGAGCUCGCCGGCCACAAGGGCUGGAUCACGGCCAUUGCCACGUCGAGUGAGAACCCCGACAUGCUCCUGACGGCCUCGCGUGACAAGACCAUCAUCGUCUGGCAGCUCACCCGCGAUGACAUGAGCUACGGCUACCCCAAGAGAAUCCUCCACGGCCACAACCACUUCGUGUCGGACAUUGUCAUCUCUUCGGACGGCCAGUUUGCUCUGUCGGCCUCGUGGGACAAGACGCUCCGCCUCUGGGACCUCAACACGGGCACCACUGCUCGCCGAUUCGUUGGCCACACCUCCGACGUUCUCUCCGUCAGCUUCAGCGCCGACAACAGGCAGAUUGUCAGCGGUAGCCGAGACAGGACCAUCAAGCUGUGGAACACGCUGGGCGAGUGCAAGUUCAACAUCCAGGAGGAGGGCCACACCGAGUGGGUCAGCUGCGUUCGGUUCAGCCCGAACCCCAGCAACCCCGUCAUCGUCUCGGCUGGUUGGGACAAGGUCGUCAAGGUCUGGGAGCUGUCCAAGUGCAAGCUCAAGACGAACCACUUCGGUCACACUGGCUACAUCAACACCGUCACUGUCUCGCCCGACGGGUCGCUGUGCGCCUCGGGCGGCAAGGACGGCAUCACCAUGCUCUGGGAGCUGUCGGACGACAAGCACCUCUACUCGCUCGAGGCCGGUGACUGCGUCAACGCCCUCGUCUUCUCGCCCAACCGCUACUGGCUGUGCGCGGCGACGGCCUCCUGCAUCAAGAUCUUCGACCUCGAAUCCAAGUCGAUCGUCGACGAGCUCAAGCCCGAGUUCGUUGGCGUUGGCAAGAACUCGGCUGACCCCGAGUGCCUGUCGCUGGCGUGGUCUGCCGACGGCUCGACGCUCUUCGCUGGUUACUCGGACGACAAGGUCAGGGUCUUCACCGUCGGCUAAACAGUAGGAUAGCUUCUCUUGUUGCACCAAAAUCAUCUCACCUUCUGUUCUCGCUCGGCCAUGUUCUCUCUCACAUCCACGCCUUGUAUGCAUAACCACCAGACCCUGAAAAGAGACGGGGAGGGCGGCCGCCCUCCCUUAUGACACCGAUC